UCAGAAGUGAAGCAAAGUGUUUUGAAUCGAACCGGAAGAGCAUUUAAUAUCGUUUUUAUUUCCUCGAAAUUCCGUCGUGAUAUCAAGCCUUUGUUGUCUGGAAUUGAUCCUGAAAUAUUAGGAAGAUCAUUGAACUUAUUUCGUCCGGGUCGUUAUUUAUAAAUUAUCGUAAACUAUCUAAUUCGUCGAAGACUGCACCGCAGUCUAUUUCCAUGGUUUAUUUUGCAAAUAAUUCUCUAUGCUUGCAAUUUUCCGAGUUGGUCCCUAAAAUAUCCGCAGGAAUAAGCGAAGUGGUAUCAUUUUUGAAAAAUCUUCGCAGAGAAAGAGGCUGUUCUUACUUUCCCUCUAACGUCGAUAUUUAUAGAUGACUGAAAGUAUCCUGCGGCUUGUCCUAUUUCCGCCGAUGGGAUAGCCAUAAAUAAUCGAGAAAUCCCGUCCACAAGAUCAUUUUGUUUCCGCCUUGAAAUAAACCUUCAAAAAUAAUCUAGAAAAUCUUCAUCUCUCGUGGUUCAACUUCUAGUUAGAAACCGACCACGAAGAAAUUGCCAGGAGAAUUCUCAAGUCGACCUGUUUUCAUUCUCGAGACCGGUCUCUAUAAACAAACGGAAAAACUUCAAAUUGUUACCACUCUUGGAAACGAUCUUUGUAAAUAAACCGAAGGUCUAUUUUCUUUCCCUCCAAAAACGGAUUUUUGUAAGCAAUCGCGGAGAGCGCUGAGUUUCUUCGAGAUCAAUCUUCAAGUUUGUCUGAAGAGCUCGAUCGAAUAUCUUAAUCGGGACACGGAGCUUCGCGUCUCAGAACAUCAUUCAUGUCGCAGAAUCCGAAGGAGGAAAGCAACGCGAUGAAGGCCAACACGGCGGCGACGAAGAUCCAGGCAAACUUCCGCGGGUAUCGCGUGCGCAAGCAGCUGAAGGAGUCCACGCAGCGUCGUCGUCAGCCGCAGCAACAGGACCAGCAGGAUCAUCAGCAGCAGAAUCAUCAUCAGCAGGACCAGUCGCAGACAAAGGAGUCUCUUUUGAAAAGACAGAACACUCAAGAGGCGCUUGAGGAGAAAUCGGCGACAAAGAUUCAGGCGGGCAUUCGUGGUUUCUUGGUGCGGAAGAGGCAGCAAGCUGUUCAGGCCGCGGCGACGAGGAUUCAGGCUGGCUUCCGUGGUUUCAGGACACGAAAGCUGCUGAAGCAGAACGGCCAGUAGACUGUGUUGGUUGGUCUCUUCCUGGCGUCGCGGGAGAGGCGACGCGGGGCAUCGGUGUGUGCAAGAGCAUUUUGCGGGUUCGUUCGUGGCUCGGAGAAAAUCUGAAGAUUUAGACGCGGGAGAGAACAACGAAUCAGUCAAUUACGUUGAUCCACGAUGUCUGAUACAUGUAUAUUUUCGAGACACUCCGUUAAUCGAUGAUAAUUAAAAUGUUGUUUUAUAACAAUCUUUGUACUUUAUCAUUGUUCUUAUUUAAUGCAAUCUUUUCUAUGAUAGCUUUCAUAUGAUUGUAACGAUAACAAAUAAUAUUACGAAGACAGAAGCAAUGAUUGAAGGCGAUACGAUUUUAAAACGUUGGAUAUAUAUAUAUGCGAUAUAGGAGUUAAUUAAAUAAUUAUAUAAUCUUUUCUAAAAUAUCCUCUUGUUAUUUCAUAAUUUUUUUAUGUAACUGAUGCGUCCAUUAUGAUAAUUCAAGUAACACAAAUUGAUGUUGAAGAUAUUUCCGUAUUGUAAUUUCGUGUCUAUGCGAAAUCUUGUUGAUAAAUGAUAUUUGUAUUAUGAACGUAGCAUAUAAUUGUAUAUAAUAUAUAUUUUUUGUUGUUAUAUACUUGCGUUUAAAUUUUAUGAAUAAUAAAUCUUUAAUCUUUAUACCAA